AUGCCCUCUUUCUUGUCCAAGGUUUUUGGUCGCAAGAAGGACGAGAAGGAGGAGUCCAACGGUCGCGCUUCCGAGUCGUCGUUGCUGGAGGGGAAGUUUGAGGCUGUGUCGCCGAAUGUGUCACCGACGGCCGCCAUAUUCUCUGAAAACGGCCAUGGCAAAGAGAAGGAAAAGGAGAGAGACCUCGGGUUCAGUCUUUUCAAGGCAAAGUCCAACACCCCAACAGUUACUUCUCCCACUUCGCCUUCUGCUCAGAAACAUGGCGACUUUCUCCAGCUGUCCCUGAAUCUAUCUUCUACACCCAAGGACGAGUCUAACUCCCGUCCUAUGGGCUCGGUUUUCGACGCGGACCCCGAUGCUCAGAUUUUGCUCUCAGAGAGCGUUAUUGGGGAACGAAGGUUGACCCCCCAGGAAAGCAUUACUUUAGUUCGCGCUUCUAGUCAAGCAAUUACUGCUCGGGGCCUCGAAACCCUUGGAAUCAUGCAUCCGCAUUGGUAUUCGGCUUCGCCUGACGUUCAACGGAGACUCAUAUCCCUCUUCAUACAUUCUUUAUCUCCCAAUGCCUCCAAAAACACGCUCCUUUCAACCUCAUCGUCUCCUCAAUCCGCGUUCGAGUCCGAAAUUCAAUUUACCCGUUCCCCGCACGACGUUGCGGCCGUACUGCGCUGGGGGUUGCGCCACCUGAAGCUUGAAGGACAAGCCUUCGGCAAGAAUGAAGCCUGGUACAAGGACUUCUUGCAAGCUGAACGGGCAUCCAAGUACCCUCCCGGCGCGUUCUCUGAUCAACUCGUACCUUUGCUACCAAAGGCCCACUUAGAUGCCCUGAAAUCCACACUCGAAAUAAUGACAUCUCUGGCUGCGCACACCGAGGCGAACAGCACCUCCGGAAGCAAACUUUCGAAGCUGUUUGGCCUGUGGUUGGUUAGCAUACCGAGAGUGGAGGCUACUGAUGACUGGGCAUCAUUCUAUGCCCGUUGGGAACGGUCAGGCCGCAUCCUAGAGCAUCUCUUCUUGGCGUACAUCAGGGAUGAAAACCGCAGCCUUCGUAUGCCAACGCGUCUUACCGAACUUGUUGAGCGAUACCCCUUUAGCAAGACACCCGCUGACGGUGACCUACUCCCCCGCCCUCGUUUCUCCACUCGCAGCUUCAACUCACUGUUCGUUCGCAUCGAAACCCAGACGCCUACGCCCGAUAUCGCGAGAUCCUCAUUCCACCCACUCGUCUUGCUUGUUGAAGCUUUCAAGGCGGAUGCCGAUGCGGAUGCCCCUGGAGAACAGCAAAGUCUUUGGGAGAUACUCAAGAAGGCAGCGAUGACGGAAAGCGUGACGGCGCCUCAACUAAACCAGAUCUUCGCUGAGGACACCAUUCGAUUGUUGUCCCUCAUCCCAGUCGAUAAGGACUAUGUACCCUUGGUUGAUUCUCUCCUCCCUGGAUCCCGCAAGCGCUCUAUCUCUCUUGGUGCCGCCGAAAGGAACCAGCAGACCAAGACUGCCCCCAACCCUCCCAACGUACACAAUCGUGCCGUCACAGAUGAGCCUACAUCCCCGUCCAAAGUUCCUGAUUGGGCAGAAUUCUCUUCCGCUGGGUUCCAGUUGUCGACUGACAUUGCACCUCUUUCUUUGGCGUUUUUGGACAAGGACGUCGAAGUCACCACUCCUAAGAAGGCAAGCAAGAAAUCGAGAAUUAGUCCAAACCCCGGCCGUGGCCGAAGAUCUCUUGAAAUCCGACCUACUCCUCAAUCGGCGGAGGUGAAGGUGGUCUCACGCUCGAAGGCCGCGUCGAUUAUCCAGGUCGACGAAGCGUUCGUUGACUUCUGGAGCGACGCGUUGCUAGACCCUAUUUCCUCUGAUUGGCCUACUUUCGUUCUUUGCAAACUAAAAGCGUCAGUUCCAGGCUUGGUUGCUAACGAUAAACGGGUCGAGUGGCUCGUUUUGGAGCAGGCGUUUGUGAAACCUCCCGCACCGGCUAUACCAACUCAACCUGAAGUUACCGAGUCUGCUAAGCCUCGUGCUUCGUCUCCCCGACCUUCAUUCAAGUCGGAUUUCUCCGGUACUUUCUCCGCUACACGUAAACGAUUCAGCAUCUUCACGUCCAGCCGAUCGAACUCCCGUCAAAGUAUAGACAGCGUGUCGUCCCCCACGAAGGCUAAGAGUAGCCGGGGCAAGAAGUCCGCGAAGAGCCCGCAAGUCGGCGAGAUGGGCGAGAUAUUGGCUGAGGAACCCGAGGAGACCGAGAAGAUCAAGACUAUCGAGAAGGUUGAAGCGAAGAAGGUUGCCGAAGCCCCGAAGAUUAGAGUACCUUCGCCUAAGCCUAAGAAGUCCUUAGACUCGCGGAAAUCGCUUGAUGGUGGCAAAGGUGUUGCGGCGGGCGCUUCGUUGGUCGCUGCUGCUGCUCUAGCAUCCGGAGCCGCAGCUGUGGCUGCAGCGGGCGAGCCAGCCAAACCUGAUGAGGUUCCUGAGGCUGCCACCCCGGCUCCUGAGCCCGUACUCUCUGUGGAUGCUGAUCCAAUUCCCGCUAGUGAGAUUCUAGUCGUAGCGGAAGCCACCGCGGAUGCCCCUGCCCCCGUCGAAGUUCCUGUGCCGUCUGAGACCAUCGAGCCUGUACCUACCAAGGAAGACUCACAAGCCGUCGUUGCUCCUGAACCCCUCGUCCCUGCAACUAUCGAACUCACCGAAGCCCCCAUUGAAGCCAUCUCCCAGUCGGUGGACACCCCAGAGCCGACGAUCGCUGAACCCACCAAGGUCGAGGAACCAAUUGUCGAAGACGAACCUGUGGAGGAACUUCCCCGUGAGGCGUCAUCUGAACAUGUUGCCGCGGCGCCUGUGGCCUCGGUUGCAGAGCCAAUCAUCGAGGCUGAGUCUACAGAAGAGCCAGAAGAGGUGGCAUCAGUCCAGCAGACAGAGACCUCGGCAAAGGAGCCUGAGGUUGUUGGUAUUCCAGAGCCUGUAGUCGAUCUUGCACCUGCCACGCCGCAGCCUGAGCCCUUCGUUGAACUUGCGCCAGCAGAGCUCGCCCAAGAACCUGAGGCGUCGGUACCAACUGAAGAAACCACUCCUGAAUUACCUCGGACAGAAGAUGUCUCAAGUUCUGAGGCAAUCACUCCCGAGGCUGUACCUAUCGAUUCGUCCGCGGUUUCUCCCUCAGAGCCAGAAAUUUCAUCUUCCUCGACCGACUUACCAGACGUACCCAUCGUUGAAGCCGACUCGAACGUUGAAGAUGGGAGGGCAUCACUCGAGCCUAUACACACCCAAACUGAUAAGGCUAGCGAACGUUCGAUACACGAACUGCCUGCUGAGGAGGAAGUCGAUGCCUCGAGCAGCCUACCCCCAGCUCCUGAAGCAGUAGUGCUUGCCGGCGAGACUCCCGGACCGCAGAUCGCCCUCAGCUCCAGCGAAGCGGCAACACUCUCCGAAGUGGCACACUCGAAGGUUGAAAGCGAACCGUCAGAAUCUCAGGAGGUCACCGAGGCAACGGAUGAGACAGAGGACAAGAGCACUGAGACACACCCAAAUGGUAAUGGAGCUGCGCCUGCCGCGCCGGAGGAGCCGGUCGAUGGUGAAGAUGAUGGCGCCGAUACAGAAGAUGUUACACAAGUCUCCGUCAAGGAGGUGAUGGCUGAUGUGCCAGAGACUGAUGUGCCCCUUGUGGCUGAGGCAUUGGACGAGGAACGUGCUGAUGUUAACUCGGAAGAGCGAACAGCGGAGGUCAGCCCCGUGCAAGCUGCUCCAUCAUAG